AUGUCCGAUAAACCGGGCGAUGGCAAGACCCCCCGGCGGGCCCGAAAACCCCAGGGUUUCUUUAGUGAAAAACAGCAAGAACAGCGCAAUGAAGUGGCUAGAGGCCAGCUUGAAGUUGACCUUCCUCUGCGACCAAAGGACAAAAGGCCAGCUCCAGAUGAUUUGGAAGAGUCAGGCUCCGUAAAAAAGAAGCAACAGAAAGAAGUCCCAAAACCAAACCCUCUGGACGUGAAAGCUUUCUUGGCCGAUCUGAAAACCGAUUACUCUAAAAAGAAGCUUGAACCUAUGCCAGCAAGACCUCCCAAGCAGAAAUGGCGUCCGGUAAAGACUGCCAUUACAGACCGGGCGAAGGCACCCAAAGGCUGGAAUCCAAGAGAGCCUGAUCUGAUUAACGAUGAUCUUGAGCCUCAAAUCACGAGAUGCCGCGAACGGAUUAAGGAGAACAUCAUGCCUCAUGUCUAUGAACAUAAACUGGAAGAGUUCCUGGUGGAGCAGAAGGGACGAAAUAAGAAAAUGGCUGCAGAGCAUGGGCUGAAUUGGCCCGUCGUGCAACGCUUAGAGAAUCUGAAAUAUAUCCUGGAAUGGACUCAGAGCAAUGCCAUUAAGGAUACAUAUAAGAUCGCUAGGAACAUUCAGAAUGUCAUACUAGCCUACCGAUCGGGUGUAUUGAAUUGGUGUCAUGGAUUCAUCACCUACUGGCACAAUGGAGCCCAGCUCUGCGCGCCAAGGCCAUUCAAGUGGAAUGAAUUCCAAUAUCUCUAUGACGAAUACAAGGGAAAUGAAACGGGGUUUUGGAUUGAAGGUAUGGAUGGGCCUGGACCUAGCAGUCAACAGGCUGUGAUCGAAUGCGGAACGGGUUCUAGAAAGUGGGCAGCUGAGGUAUCUACCUAUGUUACGUCAAUUGCUCUUCGGAUCCCUAUGACAGGCGGGAAAACACAACCUGGGCCUUUUGAGUUCCAGUUCAAGGACGAUACCGGGGCUGAUUAUAUGGUCCUUUAUGACGAGGAUGUGAACCAACUAAGGACCAAUCUACAAGCCAAUGGUGUUAUGUACCCCUUGCCUCGACUCUUGGGCGUGCUAGUUGUGACUUUGGGCGAUGGGAGCAAGAAAGCCAUGCUAGUAAGAGAAUUAGAAGUCAAUAUGUGGAAUGAGCAAGAGAAGCAAUAUAUGGCAGCCAGUUGGGACUCAAUACCGGUCGUCGUCCUUCCUGGACGUGGAACAAAACGCCUAAAUGGUCCUUGGAUGCGUUGGAAGUUCUACACAGGAACAGCACCCGAUAACUCCAACCGUUUGUGGAUAUAUGAUUACAAUCCCACGAAUCCCCUUAUGCGUGGCCCGAAGCUUCCUACUGCUACUCAGGCGCAAAUGAAUAGGCUGUUGCCGACUGCAAAUAAAUAUGAGAGCAUUGGGAAUCAUCCUCAGUUUAACCCGGAUAUCCCAUCGGGGAAGUCGAUAAUAUAA